GAUGCGGGUGGGCAGCGCCGCGUCUGGGGGCUGCGGGCGGGCUCCAGUCAGUGCGAGGCCGGGCAGCGGCCGCUGGUGGCGCUCGCGGGGCCCCAGGCGCGGUGCCGAGAAGAUGGCGGCGGCCGCGCUGCGCUGGGCGCUGCGGGCGGCGGGGCAGGUUCUCCCCUCAGCGUGCACGAGGCAAGUGCGGAGCUACUUCGUGGACUGGAGGAUGCUGCGCGAUGUGAAGAGGAGGAGGCUGGCCUACGAGUAUGCUGACGAGCGGCUGCGGAUCAACGCCAUCCGAAAGAACACCAUCCUGCCCAAGGAGCUGCAGGAAGUGGCUGAUAAAGAGAUUGCUGCAUUGCCUCGGGACAGCUGCCCUGUGAGAAUCCGAAAUAGGUGUGUUCUGACAUCCCGCCCUCGGGGGGUGAAGAGGCGGUGGAGGCUGAGCAGAAUUGUUUUCCGCCAUUUUGCUGAUCACGCUCAAAUGUCUGGCAUACAGAGGGCCAUGUGGUAGAUUGCUGAAUGGAUGUACGUUCAGGCAGAAAACACAAACUCUGUGUGUUCAAGACUGUCCUGUGGAUGAGCCCAGCAUCAAACUGAUACAGAAGGAAGAAGAGCCAUGCUAAUUCAUUAAAUCCAUUUACUAGAUUGUGA